CCCCGGUGACCGUGGGACAUUAUAAGGGCGUCCCGGGGAGCGAGACGCGGUUCAGUCUGCAGAGCUGAACCGGAGCAUGGCAGAGAGGACGCGCAUUUGCACGGAGGACAUGGAGGAGAAAACGAGGAGGAGGAAGGAUGACAGCAACUCCGACAACAGCGGCAAAGUCACCCUAAAAAAAGAAAUCGGACUUCUGAGCGCCUGCGCUAUAAUCAUCGGUAACAUCAUCGGCUCUGGGAUCUUCAUCUCCCCUAAAGGAGUGCUGGAGCACGCGGGCUCCGUGGGGCUGUCACUCAUCGUCUGGGUCUGUGGGGGCGGCAUCUGUGCCCUCGGGUCCCUGUGUUACGCUGAACUGGGUGUCACCAUCCCAAAGUCUGGGGGAGACUAUUCCUACGUGACAGAAAUAUUUGGAGGUCUGGUGGGCUUCCUGUUGUUAUGGAGUGCUGUCCUCAUCAUGUAUCCAACCACGCUGGCCGUCAUCGCCCUCACCUUCUCCAAUUACGUCCUGCAGCCAGCCUUCCAGAACUGUGUGCCUCCAUUCAUCGCCAUCAAACUCCUCGCUGCCAUCUGUGUCUUGUUUCUGACCUGGGUGAACUGCUCCAGUGUGCGCUGGGCGACAAGGAUCCAGGACAUCUUCACUGUCGGAAAGCUUCUGGCUCUGGCGCUCAUCAUAGUGGUGGGCCUUGUUCAGAUCUUCAGAGGCCACUACGAUGCACUGGUGCCGAGCGUGGCCUUUGAAUUCCAGCAGGACUCCUCGGUGGGACAGAUAGCCCUGGCCUUCCUGCAGGCCUCUUUUGCCUACAGCGGCUGGAACUUCCUCAACUAUGUCACAGAGGAGGUGGUGGAACCACGCAAAAACCUGCCCCGCGCCAUCUAUAUCUCCAUCCCACUGGUGACUCUCGUCUACACCAUGACCAACAUUGCUUACUUUUCCUCCAUGACCCCAGAGGAGCUCCUGGCCUCCAAUGCUGUGGCCGUGACAUUUGGAGAGAAGCUGUUGGGUAUGUUCUCCUGGGUGAUGCCGAUCUCUGUGGCCCUCUCCACGUUUGGAGGGAUCAAUGGAUAUCUCUUCACCUCUUCCAGGUUGUGUUUCUCGGGAGCUAGAGAAGGUCACCUGCCAUAUCUGCUGGCUAUGAUUCAUCUAAAAAACUGCACACCCAUCCCCGCCCUGCUGGUCUGUUGUUUCGCCACAAUAGUCAUCCUGUGUAUCGGAGAGACACACAACCUGAUCAACUAUGUGUCCUUCAUCAACUACCUGUCCUACGGCGUAACCAUCGCGGGUCUGCUGUACCUGAGAAAAACGAGACCCAACCUGGCCAGACCUAUCAGGGUGAGCCUGUUGGUCCCCAUCAGCUACCUGGUCUUCUGGGCUGUGCUGCUGGGCUUCAGUCUGUACUCUGAGCCUGUGGUCUGUGGCCUUGGGAUGGUGAUCAUGCUGACCGGCGUCCCCGUUUACUUUGUGGGUGUUCAGUGGAAGGAGAAGCCCAAAUGGGUCUACAGGCUGGUUGAAAGAUUCACAUACGUGGGGCAGAAGUUGUGCUACGUGGUGUUUCCUCAGAACGACUCCUCAGAGACCGAACCCCUCACUGCCAAAGCCUCUGACUGAGCAGAGCGGUCAGCCUGGACUUCCUGCAGAGGCACCUCCGAGUUUCCGACCGUAUUGUUCCCCGAUUGUGAAGCAGGGGCUUCAUGCACGCUCUUGCACAGGUGUUGUUCAGGUGAAACCGCUAGUAAAAAAAAAGGGUUUCUAUUUACAGGUUUUUCUCUCUUCUCACUCGGAUAACUCCCUUUUUUUGUAAUCUUCACAUUUAGCGACUCUUCUCUCACAAACAAUGACCAACUUUUGAAGCUAAUGUGCCUUAAAGCGUGUCUGUGCAGGUGGCAUAACUCUAAUGGGAUGGAUGAGUGGGAUAUUUAUUUAACUAGUGCUGCCCCUUUUGGUCAGUUUUUGAGGAUCAUUUCAUUUGUUGUCGGGCAUUUAAAAAAAUAAAUCAAACAUUCUUUUCUUUCACCAUUUUCCGUAGAAACCACAGGUGCCUCCUCCUCCUCCUCCUCCUUCUUCUUACAUAAGAUCAGCGUGAUCUCGGUUGUUGCCGGCAGUGUUUGCAGGUCUGCUGAAUAUCCCGUUUCAGAUGUUCUUCCAGCGUCACGUCGCUCUGUGUUUGCCGCCGUUCAUCAGCAUUAGGGAUGAACCCACACUGGUGGAGGGGCGCUGGCGUUGUGCGCCCCCACCUGCAGUGACUCCCGGGAUGCUGACAUUUCACACGUCUACUGACUGACGGUGUGACGUAUGUGCGCUCGUCUGCAGAGCCGCCCGUCUCGUCUUUUUGCGAUUUUGUUUUUCUUCCUGUGUUUGCCUUUUACAUUUUUAAAGAUCAAACUGACUUCAUCGGUGCAGCUCUACGGGCUCUGCUUUUUACACAAAUGCUAAUGGUUACCAUGGAGACAAGGAUGUGGACUCGCUGAAUUUGGGCUGUUGUUCAGGAGCAUUUGUUUAAAACAAGCCAUUAAUGUUCCACAAACACAACAGAACAAACUGGUACCUUUUCAGAGGAGGAAGUAACUAGCAGGUGCAAAACUCCCAACAAAAAUGUUUUUUUUUUUGUUUUGUUAGUGCAAUUAUUAUACAAAAGUGGUGCACUGUGAGACAAAAGUGUGUGGUACCUGCCUUUGUUUUUCACCUGUAAAUACUGUGUAAAGAAAAUGUUUCCUGCAAAAGAUGACAUUCCUCCUACGUUCGCCUGUUUUGUAACAAUAACAAUGUAAUUGUACAUUAAAUAUAGCAGCUUUUAUC